AUGUGGAAAUCCGUUCUUGAUUUAAAAGAUUCAAAAAUCUUAGUAUUCGUUAUUGUUUACCUCUCUUUCCUUUUGGAUAAUGUUUUAUUAACGGUCGUCGUUCCAAUAAUACCGGAUUACCUAUUUUCAAAAGAUGUAGAAAACUCGGUUGCUAACCGAUUAUCUUUAAGCCCCAUUCAAAGAAAAUUCGAACAAUUCGAAAAAAAUAACGGCCCUUUAGGAGCACUUUUAGCCUCGAAAGCUUUCGUCCAAUUAAUUUUUACACCCGUAGUGGGAUAUUUAACAGGAAAAUAUAAUUAUAACGUUCCUCUUUUGAUUGGAUCUUGCAAUAUGUUAAUAGCAACUAUACUUUUUGCUUACGGAAAAUCUUAUGGGGUACUCGUAUUAGCGCGAGCUUUACACGGAAGCUCUUCCGCAGCAAUCGGAGUUAGCGGAAUGUGUAUUUUAGCAAACACCCUCCCCAAAGACUAUCGAUUACGAUUUAUGCCGAUAGCGUUUGGAGGAAUCGCGCUUGGAGUAUUAAUUGGAUAUCCUUUAGGAGGAGUUGCUUAUCAGUUUAUUGGGAAAUCAGCACCAUUUUUGAUCAUAGCUUUUUUUAUCAUUAUAAAUAUCUUAUUACAAGUAAUGAGACUUGAAAAGUCUUCAAAUACAAAUGAAGAGGAUGGUGUUGAUAAUGUAAAUUGGAUCGAAUUAAUGAAAUACCACAAAACUAUUAUUAUAGCUGCUUCGAUUUGCAUCUCAACUGGUGCUAUGGCUAUUUUGGAACCUUGUAUUCCGAUGUGGAUGAUUGCUCAUUUUGAUCCUCCACCAAGUAAAUGGCAACUUGGAGCUGUUUUUAUCCCUGAUAGUGUUGGGUAUUUAAUAGGAUCGAAUUUUAUAGGAUUAUUAUCAAUAACUUCUUGGAGGAUCGCUUUAGGAGCUAUGACUCUUAUUGGAUUAUGUUGUUGUGCAAUUCCUUUAGCUGCCACAAUAAGUAAUUUAACCCUACCUCAUUUCGGAUUAGGUUUCGGAGUUGGUGCUGUUGACGCAGCUUUAGUUCCGUUAUUAGCAAAUUUGGUUGAUAUGCACAAAAGCACCAAAUACGGUCCAAUUUAUACCCUGCAACAAAUGUCCGUUAGUUUAGCUUAUUGUUUCGGACCUUUACUUGGAGGUCAAUUGGUGAAUGUCUUAGGAUUUCCGUGGCUUAUAAGAAUAGUCGGAUUUACGAACAUCAUAUUUUGCCCAUUUUUAGUUUAUUUAGAAACAACUAAGAAGAAACAACCACUAUCUGAGGAACAAACCUUACCAUCUUACGCAUCUUUAUCGACGGAAUCUUGCGAAGAUUGGGAAUAAAAUAUGAUGUGUAUUAAGUGGUGUAAAGAAUUGAAUCUAUUGUAGAGUUACCCAACUUAUCCAUCGAGAAAGUAAUUUAAUAUUAGGUUUCCCUCUCAGCUUUAGGGGAUAAAUCAGUGUUCCCCGGGGUACACGGUCGGACGCGUACUAAAUUCGUUUGAACCGACCCGCACCACUUAACUCGAUAUUCUUAUUUGCGUUGUAAGUUAAGAAGAAUACUUUGUUUAUCUUUGCUUGGGUUGCCCCAGAGCAUAUAGGAUCGAUUUCACAAAUGAAUACAAAUGUCACGAAUCUUUCUCCUACCAGACAAUAUAAAGUCAAUCUAACUUUUCAAUAUUUCUUUUAAUCUAACCCAAAACCUAACAAAUUGAGUUAAAUUAAAUUAAAAUAAA